GGGAAAAAAAAAAAAAAAAAAAACAAUCCUUUUGCACACUCAACACGUAAAAGUUACACUUAUCCGAGGUAUCGGGCUCACAACUCAUAGUUGUUAGCAAAUGGGUACCUCGAAAAGUUGCAAAAGUGAAGAACUUUGCACAGAACUACUUGAAUCCCAAACUGGGGACACUUCCACUGGGUCUGUGAUUCAAACUUUGCGUCUUCAAGUAUUUGGGGUGCUACAUUGGGUUGUUUCACUAGGACUCAUUCUGGCCAUUGACUUUCUCUUGAAGAAAGCCUUCGUAGCAGCUUCGAUUGAGUUCCCAAGUGCUCUGUUUGGGAUGUUCUGUAUUUUCUCUGUUUUGAUUAUUCUUGAUUGUGCUAUACCUUCUGCUGCUGUGGCUUUGAUGAAGUUUUUUGAACCAGGGAUUAUGUUCAUUCAGAGAUGGCUCCCUUUGUUCUAUGUUCCCUAUUUGGUUGUGCUGCCCCUUUCUCUUAAAGAUAUUCCCCCUUCUUCUGCCAUCAAAAUUUGCUUUAUUGUAGUUGGAGGAUGGCUGGCUACACUUUGUGUGACUGGUAUGACAGCUAUUGGAGUAAGGAAAGCUGUGAAGACAGAGUUGAUAGAUGCUGAGCCUAUGGAGAAGCCCUCUCCAUUUUCUUCCAUUGAAUUGUGGGCAUGGACUGGGAUUUUCCUUAUAUCUUUUGUUGCUUCAUUAGUUUACCCAACAGCACUGGGGACACGAGCCAGAACGUAUCUUCCAUUCUUGCUUGCUUCCACGGUGUUAGGCUACAUGAUUGGUUCCAGAUUGCCAUCAAGCGUGAAGAAGGUCCUCCACCCAAUAAUUUUCUGUGCGGCAUCUGCAGAAGUAACAGCAGUUGUUUUUGGGUUUCUUUCCAAGUCAGGGCUUGAUCCUGUUCUAGGAUAUUACCUUACAAACUCAUCAUCUGAUCCUGGAGCCGGUGACAUUCUAAUGGGAUUUUUGGGAUCUGUUAUUCUCUCAUUUGCCUUCUCUAUGUUCAAACAAAGAAAGCUUGUAAAAAGGCAUGCAGCUGAGAUUUUCACCUCUGUCAUAAUUUCUACCUUAUUCUCAUUAUACUCAACUGCUCUUGUUGGACGUCUAGUUGCUUUAGAGCCAUCUUUAACUGUAUCCAUUCUACCCAGAUGUAUAACAGUGGCGUUGGCUCUCAGCAUUGUGUCCUUUUUUGAAGGUGCCAAUGCAUCUGUCACAGCAGCUGCAGUUGUAGUAACUGGUUUAGUUGGAGCAAAUUUUGUGCAAGCAACACUAGAUAAACUCCGUCUUCGUGAUCCAAUUGCUCGUGGAAUAGCAACCGCAUCUAGUUGCCACGGGCUCGGAACAGCAGCUUUAUCUGCCAAGGAACCUGAGGCUCUUCCAUUUUGUGCCAUUGCUUAUGGUCUGACUGGGAUAUUUGGAUCUAUACUUUGCUCAAUUCCAGUAGUCAGACAAAGUUUGCUUGCAGUAAUUGGCUGAAAUUGUGGGUACUUCCAUCCAUCUCGCGUUUUCAGGACAUUAAAGUGUAGAUUGAUAGUAAGAACCUGAGAUUUAGUAGCACCAUUUGUUGUAUAGGAGGAAGUAAUAAGAUGCUUUUCUUAGAAAAAAUAAUAGUGAAAGAAGAGAUGUAUCAUGCGGAGGAACUUAUUGUUUUUAUUCAUAAGCUCUUUAUAUAGAGUUUAAGUGCAACACAAAACUUAAAUACUAACAGCUUGC